AUGGCUCCUCCAUCUUUUGUUUCACAAGAGGAAUUCCAUGCAUUUCAUACGAUUGAUCGGAAGCUAUACACUCUGCUCGUUAUCAACCUUUGGCGGGAUCCCGUAGAGUCUAUGCAGGUUAUAGCCCUAUGGCUCUGGCUGGAGAGGGUGGGCUUCAAAAAUGUUGUGCAGAAGAUAUUGUCCUUGCCUUAUAUAUUGACAAAUGAACUUGCAGAUGAGGCAGUCACAUGCCUCAACGUCAUUAACAAUGACCAAUUAGCUUCCUUGACCGAGGGCAACGAUACCCCUUUGAUGCAAAGCCUGAUCGACAGAGAUCUCUCUCUCCAAUUCUUUGAUAAACACCGGCUGAUUGCAACUCAAGGUAUUACAAGAAUUGUUAACGAAGUAUGUAUCAGAGCGUUAAGGGACAUUAUGCAACAUGCCAUCGAAAGAAAUGCUGCCCAAAGCUUAGCUGAUAGUCAGAAAGUAAUAUCACAUUCGUUACAGCAACCAAUGGUUCAGCCCGGAUUACCUCAGGUAGGGUUUGGUCCAGAUGCUGAUGUGGAACUACCUUGGACCCAAGAAUCUGAAGUUCCACCAGACGACAGGACUAUGUUUGUUACAUUCUCUAAGGGCUACCCUGUACAUGAAUGGGAAGUCAGAGAAUUCUUCACCAGGGCUUAUGGGGAUGGCAUAGAGUCCUUGCACAUGCAAGAAGUUCCGCCUGACGAGCAAUCACUCUUUGCACGCAUUGUUUUUUGCUCAGAAUCAGCCAUUGAAAUCAUCCUUAGCGGUAUGAGCAAAGCAAAAUUUACUAUCAAUGGGAAGCAUGUGUGGGCUCGGAAAUUUGUGCCAAAACGUCUCAAGCCUUCAUUGCCAGCAGCACCACCAGUGAAUUUGCCAGUUUGA